GGGGCUAUGGAGAGGAGGAGGAAGAUGGCGGGAGGGCGGCUCUGAGGAGACCUCGGCGGCGGCGGAGGAGGAGAGAAGCGCAGCGCCGUGCCGCGCCGGGGCCCAUGUGGGGAGGAGUCGGAGUCGCUGUUGCCGCCGCCGCCGCCGCCUGUAACUGCUGGACCCGAGUGGGAGUGAGGGGGAAACGGCAGGAUGAAGUUCGCCGAGCACCUCUCCGCGCACAUCACUCCCGAGUGGAGGAAGCAAUACAUCCAGUAUGAGGCUUUCAAGGACAUGCUGUAUUCAGCUCAGGAUCAGGCACCUUCUGUGGAAGUUACAGAUGAGGACACGGUAAAGAGGUAUUUUGCCAAGUUUGAAGAAAAAUUUUUCCAAACCUGUGAAAAGGAACUUGCCAAAAUCAACACAUUUUAUUCAGAAAAGCUUGCAGAGGCUCAGCGCAGAUUUGCUACGCUUCAGAAUGAGCUUCAGUCAUCACUGGAUGCACAGAAAGAGAGCACUGGCGUUACUACGCUGCGACAGCGCAGGAAGCCAGUCUUCCACUUGUCCCAUGAGGAACGUGUCCAACAUAGGAAUAUUAAAGACCUUAAACUGGCCUUCAGCGAGUUCUACCUCAGUCUUAUCCUGCUGCAGAACUAUCAGAAUCUGAAUUUUACAGGGUUUCGAAAAAUCCUCAAAAAGCAUGACAAAAUCCUGGAAACUUCUCGUGGAGCAGAUUGGCGAGUGGCUCAUGUUGAAGUGGCCCCAUUUUAUACGUGCAAGAAAAUCAACCAGCUCAUCUCCGAAACUGAGGCUGUAGUGACUAAUGAACUUGAAGAUGGUGACCGACAAAAAGCUAUGAAGCGUUUACGUGUCCCCCCUUUGGGAGCUGCUCAGCCCGCACCAGCAUGGACUACUUUUAGAGUUGGCCUAUUUUGUGGAAUAUUCAUUGUACUGAAUAUUACCCUUGUGCUUGCCGCUGUAUUUAAACUUGAAACAGAUAGAAGUAUAUGGCCCUUGAUAAGAAUCUAUCGGGGUGGCUUUCUUCUGAUUGAAUUCCUUUUUCUACUGGGCAUCAACACAUACGGUUGGAGACAGGCUGGAGUGAAUCAUGUGCUCAUCUUCGAACUUAAUCCGAGAAGCAAUUUGUCUCAUCAGCAUCUUUUUGAGAUUGCUGGAUUCCUUGGGAUAUUGUGGUGCCUGAGCCUUCUGGCAUGCUUCUUUGCUCCGAUUAGUGUCAUCCCCACAUAUGUGUAUCCACUUGUCCUUUACGGAUUUAUGGUUUUCUUUCUUAUCAACCCCACCAAAACUUUCUAUUAUAAGUCCCGGUUUUGGCUGCUUAAACUGCUGUUUCGAGUAUUUACAGCCCCCUUCCAUAAGGUAGGCUUUGCUGAUUUCUGGCUGGCCGAUCAGCUGAACAGCCUGUCAGUGAUAUUGAUGGACCUGGAAUAUAUGAUCUGCUUCUACAGUUUUGAGCUCAAAUGGGAUGAAAGUGGGGGCCUGUUGCCAAAUAAUUCAGAAGAACCAGAAAUUUGCCACAAAUAUUCAUAUGGUGUGCGGGCCAUUGUUCAGUGCAUUCCUGCUUGGCUUCGCUUCAUCCAGUGCCUGCGCCGAUACCGAGACACAAAAAGGGCCUUUCCUCAUUUAGUUAAUGCUGGGAAAUACUCCACAACUUUCUUCACGGUGACGUUUGCAGCCCUUUACAGCACUCACAAAGAACGAGGUCACUCAGACACCAUGGUAUUCUUUUACCUUUGGAUCGUGUUUUGUGUCAUAAGUUCCUGCUAUACCCUCAUCUGGGAUCUGAAGAUGGACUGGGGUCUCUUUGAUAAGAAUGCUGGAGAAAACACCUUUCUCCGGGAAGAGAUUGUAUACCCCCAAAAAGCCUAUUACUACUGUGCCAUCAUAGAGGAUGUGAUUCUUCGCUUUGCUUGGACUGUCCAAAUCUCAAUUACCUCCAUGACAUUGUCGCCUCAUUCUGGGGACAUCAUUGCUACUGUCUUUGCUCCCCUUGAGGUUUUCCGGCGAUUUGUGUGGAACUUCUUCCGCCUGGAGAAUGAACAUCUGAAUAACUGUGGUGAAUUCCGUGCCGUGCGGGACAUCUCUGUGGCCCCUCUGAAUGCGGAUGACCAGACACUCCUAGAACAGAUGAUGGACCAGGAUGAUGGGGUACGAAACCGCCAGAAGAACCGGCCAUGGAAGUACAGCCAGAGCGUAUCCCUGCGCCGGCCUCGCCUCGCUUCUCAAUCCAAGGCUCGUGACACUAAGGUAUUGAUAGAAGACACAGAUGAUGAAGCUAACACUUGAAUCCUCUGAAGUCUAGAUUCACAUCUUUGGUUUUCCUACUCUACAAUUCUUUCCUCGACCAACGCAACCUCUAGUACCUUUCCAGCCGAAAACAGGAGAAAACACAUAACACAUUUUCCGAGCUCUUCCAGAUCGGAUCCUAUGGACUCCAAACAAGCUCACUGUGUUUCUUUUCUUUUCUUCUGGUUUAAUUUUCAUUUUCUAUUUUUAAAACAAAUAUUUACUUCAUUUUGCCAAUCAGAGGACAUUUUAAGGAACAAAAACAUAGUAUCUUAUGGAUUGUUUACAAUCACAAGGACACAGAUACCUAUCAGGAUGAAGAACAGGCAUUGCAAGGACCCUCUGAUGGGACGGUACCGAGAUACCUCGGCUUCCGCUGGGCCCGGUUUUGACUGGUUGAAACCGGACAUUGAUUUUUAAAUUUUUUGUCAGUUUAUGUGGAGAAUUUUUUCCUUUCCUUCAUACCCAGCGCAAAAGCACUGGCCGCACUUGCAGGGAAAGUGCAACUUAGAGCAGUACCUUCAUUCACGAAGCUACUUUUUAAUUUGAUGUAACUUUUCUUAUUUUGGGGAGGGUUGCUGGGUGGGUGGGAAAUAUGAUGUAUUUGUUGCAUAUAGUUUUCUCAUUAUUUAUGAAACUUAACCAUAAAAGAAUGCUAUAACUCCUGUGCAAUGAAGGUGGUAACAGUGAAAGAAGACAGGGGAAACUAAUGUCGGACAGCGUUUGAGGGUUUAGUCCACAAUACCUCUUUCAUGAGACAACUUGCACCAGUUUGACUUUUUCUUUCUUUCUUUUUUUUUUUUUUAAUUUUAAGCCAAAGUUUUAUUAUUGAAUUUUUAAGUUGCUGCUGCUUUAGAAUCCUGAGCAUGUCUUUCAUAACAAAGCAUCUAUACACUUCCACAUAACCGGUUGAACUUUUUUAGAGGUCUGAUAAUUUUCGUUUUUUAAGGAACAAAUGUGGAAUAUGUUUGCCCAUACUCCCACCAUAACAACUGAAGUUAUGCCUUAUUAAGCUUCAGCAUUUAGGGUAAUUGAAGUAUAACCUUUACUGACACUGAAUGAGAAGAUAAAGCUAUUUCAGAGACUCCUUACACCCUUAUUGGAUAGUUUUUCUUUUGGAUUCACUUGCUUUAGCCAGAAUUUGAUCAAAUUAAAAGUCUGUCUUGGGGAAACCAUAUUUUUGAGAGCAAAGAACAAAUUAUCCUUCUUCUGUCACAUUACAUGAAUAAAACAAACCUUGGCAGUCAUUUCUCCCAGCAGUUUUAAAGGAUAAACAUUGGAUUUCAUGCCCUCCUGUGAGAGAAAACCUGCUUUUAAGAUUUUUGGGGUCUAAACUUGGUCAUAAACCAAAGGUAUAUUUCUUAGACAUUUCAGACUCUCAUGGUCUGUGCACAAUGCCCAUUUUUACUUCUUUGUUUAAUUUCUUUCCUAUGUUUCUAAGUCAUCCAAAUAAGCCCCAAAACCUUAAAGGAGUUUGCUUCCUUGAAUGUGGUUGGCAUUAAAUCGAGCAUUUCAUUAUCUAACAAAAUUAAUAUAAAUACCAGGAAAAAGUGAAGUAUGUUUUAAUCCUCCCUUCCCCCCAGAUCCAGAUGAAGAUUCCAGCAUCAACAUCAGUGGAUGCAUGAAAGUAAAUUACUUCUGUCAUUUUCAGCUUAAUCAUAGGCAAAGAGACAUAUGAAUGGAAGGGCAGCUAUAAUUAUUUCUUACUUAGUCUUGAAAAUAUGUGGUUACUGCCCUUUAUGGUACCUUCUUGGUCAGCCACUCUUCUGCUGCAUGUUGCAAGUCUUCACUCAUACCUGUCGUGAUUCCCAUAGAUUGUAUUAAAGUUACUGUUAACUACCAAAAAUCUAUCAAUUAACUGACAAAUAGUUCAUCUUUAAAGGAGUUUAUUCCAUUUUUAUUCUGACAAGCUUCCAAAGUUUUUUUCCCUUUCCAAAUUGAGAAUUUUUUUCUGAAAAAUCAUACAAAUUUUUGGCUUUUGUUGUUUUUUUAUGUUUUGCCAAGCAUGUUCCUUGGCCCAAAACUGAAAAGGAAAAGUUUAAUUACUGUUUUUUUAGUUUAAAUAAAUUAAAUCAUUUAUAAUAAUCAGUGGUAACAAUUUAGUGACCCUUAAUAGAUUGCAUUAUUUAUACUUGAGAUUUUUUUUUUCUAACUAUAUUGUUUUUGUACUUCAAAACUAUGGGGGAAAUAUCACUGGUCUGUCAAGAAAUAACAGUAAUUACUGAGUUAGAGAAGUCCAGUGGACCAGUCAUUUCUUGUACAAAUAAAACUGGUGGUACUAAUGUGUAUCCAGAGCAAUUUGAAUUGUCAACUUCAUUUUCUAUUAGUAGCACUGUAUAAUGACACACAUAAAAUCUUACAGUUGACUUCUGGUAUUUGAACUCCCCAGUGUUUUGCUUUCAGUGUAUGCUAUAGCCAAUUUGAUGUUUCUUCAACUGUUAUUAUUCUAGGCCAUAAUCAGUAUUAUUUUUUCAUAAAUAAUGCAAUGUUAGAAUUUGUUCCUUUUCUGAUGUGUUUGUCCUGUUAGCAUAGUCUAUUCAAAAACGAUAAGGCUUAUGUAGCUUUCAGCUUACUAUGACAGAUGCUCAAAUAAGUAUUUAAAUACACAGCUUUAUGUGCCUUGUAAAGCUGUAAAGUGAAAAGAGGACUUUUCCUCAUCAAGGGGAAGCAGUUUGGGAGAUAGAGUAUACAUUUAAAUUUUCUUCCUUGAAAAAAAGGCAAUGUGAAUUUUUCUCUUCUAAGUUUUAAAUGCCCUAGCAGUUGUCAAUGCCAUGUCCUACCUAAUAUUUUAUUGGAGAUAUCUGUACACUGAAACUCUCAGAACUCUUAGGAAAUUAAUGUCAGAGAGUCAUUUUAAAGGAACAGCAAUCUGACCAAAGGUAAAACUUUAUCCGAUUUUAGGUUUAGAAAUUCUAGUCUAAAUACUCCCCAAAGGAAUGAAAAGGAAGUAUUAAAUGAAUAAAGUUCAUUGAUGUGUGUAGAGAAAUCAGAAGACAAAGAAAAAUGGCUAAUUUUCUACUCAGCAAAUAUGCACCUGUACUUAAGGCUGCCCAGACCAUUAAAAUGGAAUCGUUGCUGAUUUCAUAUCAUACAGAGAGACAAUAAAAUGAUCAAAUUUAACUCAUCAUUAAUUAGGUUAUAAUGGUAAUUUUUAAGAUUGGAAAGAAGCUGAAAACACAUAUGCAACUUUCUUUUCCAAUGUCUCUCAUUUUUCUCCUUAAGAAAGUUGCUUAACUUCAGAGUCAGAAGCAAUGAUGUGAGAGAGUGCCAGUCUCCUCAUCAGUAACCUCUAUGGACCCUUAAAGAGAGGAAAAUGGGGCAUAGCCCCCAGGACCUGCAACUCCCCAAAAUUUUCAUCAUGAGAGUUUUAAGAUUUUAAUAGAUUUUACUAGAAGUAGGUUGUUGAUAUACGGUAUCCUUCCACUAUGGUUUGACGAAGUAUAUUCAUGAUAAGUACAGAAAGCAGUUCAUCCUUUCUUAAGAGGUGAACUCUAAGGCAUGUUAAGAAUAAUUUAAAAAAAAAAAAACCAAGUAGCCUAUUACUGAGUUGUACAGGCAUCAGCUUAACAGGCAUUUAGGUGAAGAAAAGUAAAAUGAUUGUGGAGAUAGGAGAGAAGAGUGGGAAGGUGUUGGAUUGUGGCAGCAAGAAGCAGGGUGGUUAAAAAGUGUGUGAAAUUGGUGGCAUUGGUCAUGCCUUGCUGCCUCUCCUUUAGUGGUUAUGUUCUUAGUAGAGACCUGCCUUUAUUUUCCCAUCAUCUUUUUUUCCCAUUAUUUGCAUUAUUCAGGAAAUAAUACCCAAAUGCAAUUUCCUAAACAAUGACUAGAAAACUUCUUAAUCUAAGGAAACUAAUUUAGAAAAUAACCAUAUCCAUGGCAUUAUUUUAUUUAAAAAUUUAAAAUUCUCUGAAGUGGUUGCACUGUUUGGUAAACAAAUUUCAGAAUACAGUUCUCUUUAAUUUGCAUGAAAUUUGCCUAUCUUGGAAAAUAAGUACUACUUGCUAUAUAACAUAUUUAAAUUUUUUAAAUUAAGAUUGCUUCUCAGAUUUAAAAAAAUCAUGUUGAAUCUAUGGCUUUUUCAACUACAAAAUUGCCACACUUUUCUCAAAUCUAAUUUAAAAGCCAGCAUCAUUACAUAUAAUAUCUGUAGUCACUAGGUUAAGACAAUACAAGUUAUGGUAGAACUUCAGAAAAAGGUGAAGAAUAAAUCCGAUUUAUCAGCUUACUUCAUUUUACGAUGCAUCUAACUUUUAUUUCUUGCUUAUGAUGAUUAGGAGAGUUAAAAUGAGAUUUUACAAAUUACUUAAACACAUUUCUACAUUUCAGGUAUCAGUCUCGAUAGUCUUAAAAGCUAACUUACUGCAUUAUAUUUUCAAUCUGUACAAUGUCAGAACACACUGAUAAUGUGGGAUAGAAUUGAGAAAUUUGUAAUAGUCAGUGCUAAGGACCAGUAAUUUAACCGGCAUUAAACCAUACUUUACUCACCACAUGAAAAAGUAAAAUCAUCUCAUUAGAUUGGAAAGAGCUUAAUUUAAGCAAUAUGAGAAGUUUGCCUGGGAAUGGAGAUUGUUUGGUACACUUCAUAAUGGCCUUCCUUGUAUCAAUUGGCAAAACUCUGAUACUGAGUUGCCCCUUAAAAACAACCUUCCAUAAUGUAUUUGCUUACUUAUGAUGGAAGAGGAAGUGAGAGGGACAAGAUGAGAGUUUCCCCUGGAGUGAAAAGAAUCAUUAUACUAAUUUUCAUCUAAAAUAUGUUUCCUUGCAGCAGACCUUUGGUUUAUUUUAUUAGUAUAUCAAAGCCACCUUCAGUUUUUUUAUGGUGCCAUCAACUUAAGGAGGACAAUCAAAUAACCAAUUGUUUGCCUUGGAUUCACUUUGUCUGCUAAUUACAGUCUCAUCUUGUAUACCUUCAAAACCAGUUACUUGACUAAACUUCCGCCAUAUUACCUUAGUUCUUCCUAUGCCCUUUCCUCUGUACCACCACAAAUCAGAGGGAAGACUUACUACCAGAAAGGUGUGGACUCAUAAGAAAGAGCAAGGAUUCCAUCUCACUACCCAAACUUCCUGAAGUUCCUACCCAGAAUUCCCUGAUUGUCCUGUAACAACACCAGCAUGGUGGGAAUAGGGAGAAAGAAUGUGGGGAAUCCUGAAAGAACCCUGUAAUUGAUCAUGACAUUGUCAUUCUUUUGAAGUGUAAAGUGAAAUUGUGAGCCACUCACAUUUGCAAAAAGAGCAGAAUUCAAGCUUUAUCACAUUGUUGAUUAAUUCUUGCUAUGUUCUGGAUUAGCACAGAAGCUUGUAUCAAUGAAGACUAUUUAGGAGGGGAAUAGGGUGUAAAAUGUAUCUGUCUUUUCGAACCCUCUCCCUCUACUCAUGUUUCCUUCACCCCCCUACCACAUUGUGUUCGUCAAAUGAUACUAUUCUAUUAAACCCUGAGCUAUAGUUGUCAAAAGUAACUAUGAAAUGUGAUUAGUCCUCUGUGGGUGCUUCUUUCCCUCUUUUUUCUCCCUUGCUUUCUUUCUUACUCUCUCCACUCUGGUAAAUGGAAAAGGUGACGUCAAAGAAUUGAUGCUUGCUUGGACUCAUGUUGUAUCUGUGACUAUGCUAUUAGCUGUCUCCUUUUUCCUUCUUAUAUGGGUAGAAUUCUUACGAUGUGUGGAGUUCCCUUCUUGAUAAGUAGGUUAAAUGCACAAUGUGGUACUGUUUUAUAGUUUCUAGAUGGUUGUAUAAAGCAAAAAGUUAAUGUGGUUAUGUGUUUUUAAAAGAAAAUAAGUGAUUGGUUACAAACUCUGUCCUUUUUUCAUUAUUACAAGCUCUGUUUUCCAACA